UCGAGGAGGCCCUUAGAAGCGACCUGGCCGCCAUGACGGUGAAGGUGGAGAGGACGGAGCAGCAGAUCCGGGAAGCCCUGGCUGCGGUGGCCGCGAAGGACUCGCGGGUCGGGGAGCUGACGCGACAGCUUGACGCCCACCGGCAGGAACACGCCCGACAGGCGGCUACGAUCGUCACCCUCAGGCAGAAGUUGCAGGAAGAAGAGAACUCUUGUGUGACUCUCAGGGCCAAUCAGAGAAGGGGCGAAUACUCUUUGGGAGCUCUAACGAGGGAAAACAGACAGUAUGCAGAUCGUAUCAACGAACUCGAAAAUAGGCUCAGGACACACAUGGAGGAAAGGGAGUCGGCCGAGCAGAGGAGCGAAGCAUCACAAAAGCGUCUGCUUGAGCUGAUCCAGAUGGUGACUGCAUCCCUGAGCCUUGGAGACAUGGAUCCUGAGGACAUCCAGGAGAAGCUAUCGGCCAGGCUCGCUGAGCUUGUACAGGAAUGCGCGCACUUGCGCAGCCAAGUGGUGCAAGCGACGGAGAGCCAGCAGCAGCUCGACAGCGAAGCCUCAGCCGCCAGACAGACGGUGACACGACUCGUCAACGAACUGGAUGACGAGAAGAAAACAGUUGACGAGCAAAAAGCAGCCCUCCUCGAUUACAGCAAGGAAACCGACGACCUUAGGACGAAGUUACGAGCGGUGGAAGAGGAGGUGAAGAGCGUUCGGGAGCGCCUUCACAACACCAAUAAGUCUUACAACGCUACGCUCGAGGAACUCCAUAGCACUGAGAAGCAACUCCAGAUGGCGAAAGACGAAUUGUCCCUAUCCGAUCACCGCCGUCAGCAGAGUGACGUCGAAACCCGCGGCGUCCUCACCACCGUCUCUGCUCUGUUGUCGUCUCCCGAGAAUCGAAUUCCGGCGGAACUUCAACCCAUUACUGACCGCAUACAGACGCUUGUCACCGCCAACCGCGAGGCUGCCGAGCACAUAGAGCGCCUAACGACUCAAGUAACGAGCCUGGGAGAGCAGUCGAGAAGGCAGUCGGAGCUGUACGAGACGGCCGUCAAGAGGGGACGCCAAACCGAGGCCGACUACCACUCUCUGACGUCGCGAUGCCGACAGCUGGAAGCUGACAGCGCUGCUGCCGAGGCAGCCAGGGAGAACUUGGCCAUUGAGAACGAAAAGUUAAGCCGCGUGUUGGGACGUGUCACGGAAGCGCUGAGGCUGUCGGAGAUGGGCCACGAGGUGACGAACGACGUCGAAAUGAUCAUCUGUCGGUGUCAGCAGCUGGCGAAGCUCGAGGGGGAGAAAAUCGUCGACAAGACGACGACUGUCUACCAACUGCAGAGGAAGGUUAAGAGCCUCCGAGAGGCAGUAGAUCGUAAGGACCUCCACGUGGAUAUGCUCAGACGCAAACUUGCCAUGACAGAGGAUGCAGCGAGGGCGUCUAGACAUUUAGAGGAGGAGAGGGACGAACUGAUAGCGAAAUAUAAACGCCAGUGCAGGGUAGUUGAGAGACUGAACAGCGAAAUUGCCGAGACGCGCCUCCAGCUAAGGGAUUUGCAGUCACAGUUGACAGAUGCUGCUGAUGAAAAGAGUCGAGCAGCGCAGCAACAGAAGAAAAUUGAUGAACUGACAACGAAAGUGAACGAGCUGGACACCAUUAGAUCGAGGCAGCAAAAAAAGAUCACGCAGCUUAAAGAACAGGUGAAGACUCAUGGCGAGCAGGUGCUGGAAGAACGACGCCUCAAUGAGAAUGGGCUUGAGACGUUGAGUCAAGAACUGGCUGUGACAAAACAAGCUGUUAGAGACCUAAGCAGAAGAGAAAAGCAACUCAUCGAAUUCCGCCGUACGGUGAUCGAACUGAUGGGCGCUGAGGGUGAGCCGGGUGCUGAGGGCGACUAUGAGGCCAUCUGUCGUCUGGAGAGGCUAGUUAAUACUCAUCGAGAACUGACCGAUCUCUCACGGCGUAUGGAUGAAAUCACUGCUCCUUCCAGACCAAAUAGUGCAAGAACACUGGCGAGUCGAUCCCCACCUCUGAGGUCUCCUUCCAGGCCGUCUUCAGCAAUUCCUCAUCCUCCUUCAUUCAGGCUUGAUUCGCCACCAAGGAUGAACUCGGAGCACAACUACUUGGACAUGUCUGAGGAACUUAGGGCUUUAGCCGAUGAUGCCCACAACCACCGCCCUCCUCCAAGGCAGGCACGAAGGCCCCCCUCGGCCCACAUCCACAGCCACAUCCCCAGUCCUACCCUUGGGCACCCACAUGGUCAUAUGAUGCUUCACCACCCACAUAUGAGGACUCCAAGCCCUCCAAAAAGGCCUUCCACUGAUGAGGAUGAUUAUAAUUAGAGAUGCUGGCUUUCUAUAAUGGUGUGUCACUUUAUGCAUUUAAUGCUGAAUACUUUUUAUUCGAAAUCUUAGGUCUUCGGUUAAAGGAAUACUAAGAGAAGUUAAGAGACCAUUCCGAGAGAUACAACGGCAAAUAAUAUGAGAAAUAUUUAGCAACAUGAGUAGUAUAAAGUGGCGUAGGUGGAAUCAGAUUCUGCUAAAUCUGAAAUUUGUAUCAUAAUUAUUGUUUUUUGUUGUGUCAUCUUGUUGAUUACUGUAAUCGUAAUUUUGCUGUAAAAGUAGUAUUAAGACUGAGGUCUCUGUUUUCCUUUUCUCAGGAGGUUUUAAGCACAAGUAGGUACAUUUUAGUCCUUACAAAAUUGCCAAACAAUCCUAAUUACAUUUCUCUUGCACUCAAAGGUUAACUUAUUGAGAAGUUGUUAGGUACCAAAAUAUAGGCAAGGAUGAGAUCCAGUUGAAAGCACAGGUUGUCGGGGAAAUCAAAGAUGGCGUGUCUUGUAGAGAAUUUCAACAAUGUUUUUCUUAGGCCCUCCUGAUUAGAGUCCCAUUGGGAAUGCUGAGAAGACUGAUCGGGGGAGUUGGCCAGGGUCCUGAUUCUUUAAUGGUAAGGGGCGGUCUCUGUAGGCGGUAGCACUCUCAGUGGUAAAAAAUGACUGACGUUUCUCAACUGCUGUGGAUGACAUAGUAUUGUCUGACUUUUGUCUGGUGUACAGCUCAUUACUGCCAUUAUUUUUGGACUUCCCCUGCUUGUAGGCAGCUCCUGUUCGACUGAUACAAAUUGGUAGAAAUGUAUAUAUGAUAUAUGUUUUUAAUUUCUACCACCUUGUAUCAGUCUUCUGAAUAUAGAAUAGCAAUUAAGCAGACAAUGGUCAGGAUUUACAAUAGUUUCCAUUUAUUUCCUGUGGUGAAAAAUAAAUACUAUAUGUAUUUUGUAUUUAUAUAUAUGUGUGUGUGUGCAUACAGGAUGUAACACGAGUUUAUGCAAAUAUUUUGGGGAGUGAAAGAAAAAGUAAUUUUGGUUUUAUAAACAUAUGCAUUUUAAGACUUCGUUACCAUUAGAGUUGCUUUCAUGUGAUGGAGGUUGGUAGCCUGAGGUAUGGGGGAAAGUCGGUGCCAUAUAGAAGGAGGAUGAAGCAAUUAGGCUGAUGUAAAUAAAGUACCUCCCAAUCAAAUGUAUUAUUUAGAAUUUGAAGAAAAAAGGCAUCAUCAUUGAAUCCCUUUCUCUCCCUAUCAGUGGUAUUCAUUGGACACCAAUAAAAAAAAAGUAAGCCCAAUUGAAUCUCUCCUCCAUCAAAAGUAGGCUUGUUUAUUCAUUACACCUUUCAAAGAUUUCAAGUGUAUUUUUAAAAUUUCUCCCUAUCCAUCUAAAGUAUUCAGAACCAAUUAUAGGGAUAAAUCAAGUCAUGAUUCCCCUCAGACUCUCGCAUCAGCAAGUUCAGAAAGGUAGCCCAGCUGCUCCAGUCUCGACGAGAACAACCAGCUUGGCAGUGGCAAGUCGUAGUCAGUCACCUGUCAUCUUUGGAGAAACUGAUCCCUCACGGACAUCUCCAUCUACAUUCUCUACAAUGGAGAAUGAGAGAGUACUGUACUAGUCUUAGUCUCGAGAUCCUCAAUCCGUCCUCAUUCCUCUAUCUGAGAAGGUGAGGAGGGACUUGGUGUGGUGGCUGGACAACAGAAACCUCAUUAUAGGAGCACCCCUAGAUACUCACCCUCCCAACAUGCUUCUGUAUUCAGAUGCAUCAACCAAGGGAUGGGGCACACACCUGGAGGAAUUGCUGACCUCAGGAAUGUGGGGGACUGACAUGACAGACCCCUCCACAUCAACUUCCUGGAACUAAGGCACCCUUUCCUGGCCCUUCAGGAACUUCAAGACAGUGAUGAGGCACUCUGUGGUGCUGACAAGCGACAACACCCUGGCAGUGGCAUAUGUCAACAAGCACAGGGGCCUCAUUUCACUCAGUGGACUUGCCAGCCAGAUACCUUCUGGGCAUGAAGAAUGUAGUGGUAGACAAACUCAGCCACCAGAAUCAGUUGAUAGGGACAGAGUGGUCCCUACACCAGGAUGUAGCCGAGAGGUUGUUCAACCUGUGGGGAUAACCAGUAAUAGACUUGUUUGCCACCCAGCACAACAGAAAAUUUCAGGUAUUCUGUUCAGUCUUACCGGACCCAUGGGCGGCCGCAGAAGAUGCAUUCCAGCACCCAUGGGACAACUUUGACAUCUACACCUUCCCUCUGUUCUGCCUGAUUCACAAGGUGAUCAGAAGGGUCUGAC